AUGGGAAUUUUGGAUUUAUCAUACACCAGUGUCUAUAAUGGCACAUGUCGGAAAAUGGAAAAAGUGGCCAAUAAGACCGACGUGCCUGGAAAGUUCAGACACAUAAGUCAGACAUGUAAUUCAGAAAAUGACUUGCGCAUGGCUGACGUGAAGUAUGACGAGUUUGCCCUGAUUCAUUCCAUCAAGACAAAGGGGAAAGAAAGCUAUGUUGUUAACAAACUAUAUGGUGUGGACCUCAGUGCUGAGGUGCAGGAGAAUUUCAUUCAGUUCUCCCUACAAACCAGCAUCCAGCCUGAAAAUAUUGUCAUCUUUCCCAAAAAUGGUCCUCUUAUCUCAGAGAAGACGUUUGAUGUAAAAUAACUGCAAUCAACAGUGAUGUUAUGCACAGAUCACUUUUCCAUUUUCCUCUCUCUGGAUGAGUGCCCAGCUGCCUAACCUUGUGUCCAGGUGAUCAUCCUACUGAGGGGCUUUUACUGUUCUGAAAAUCUCACGUCCAUGACCUGUUUCCUUUUUACUUUACUAUCUCUGCUCUUUCUUUAUUAAGAAUGCUCAUAAUGUCACAAAAUUAUAUUCAUCACUUGCAACAAAUAAAAAGUAUGAAAUGCCUAAAAUCCUUUGAUUUAUUACAUUUUGAAACAAAUAUGAGUACAUCCCUAACAGCACAGCUGAGACCUUUGUUUUAAUCAA